CUUACCGGCUGAUAAAAUAUUUACACGAUUCUUUUGAUCUCGGUCGUCACGAUAUACGAGUUACAAUUUGAAUCCAUAUUUUGACGUUAUUUUUCCGCGAUUUAGUUUCGACAUGUAUCUUUUAAGUAUAGGCAACCAUUUUUCNAUCCCGUUAGUGUGGUUUUUGCGAGUUAUUAUGGCGGAAUCGCCAAGAAUUUUGUCAACAGCGGCGGCUCUGUUAGCCACACUGGGAACCACGGCGGUAGCGGGAAUGACUUCCUCCGCUAGGCCGACGGAACCGCCUGCUCCACCGGUCACAUCAGCUGGCGGUUCCGCUAUGGUGAUCGCCACCUCGGAGUCCUCGGUUCCAGUGUUGACAACACUUUUACACACUGCUGCCAGCCAGAAUGCCACGGAGAUGUCAGGAAAUGACACGACUACUGCUGCCCCAGUGUACACAAAAAUUUUCCUGCAGACGGCGGCAGCUCAAGGAAUCGCUGGUGUGUUUGCCUUCGCAUCCAUUCUUGUCACUUGCCACCAGAUUUACAUGCAUCUUCGGCACUACACCUGCCCAGGGGAACAACGCUGGAUAGUCCGCAUCCUCUUCAUCGUUCCCAUCUACGCAUUUGACUCUUGGCUCAGCCUGCUCUUCUUCAGCCAGGACCAUUACUACGUCUAUUUUGACAGCGUCAGAGAUAUUUAUGAAG